CUGGAUGUCUGCCAGAGGCUGCUGGAAGGGAGACAGGCAGACAGGCACCAAUGCCUGCACACAGUUUCUUCUUUUCCCCCAUUCUCCAGCGGAGGACGUGCCACAGCAUAGCAUGACUGCUCUUCGCCCUGCAUGCCAUGCCCUUCCCCAACAGCUCUGACCUCAGCCCAUCCUCCUUCAUCUUGGCCAGUAUCCCAGGGCUGGAGGCUGCCCAUUUCUGGAUGGCGAUCCCUUUGUGCUCCAUGUACGUCAUGGCUGUAGCAGGCAACUGCAUGGUGCUGUUCAUCGUCAAGACGGAGCCCAGCCUGCAUGUUCCCAUGUACUUCUUCCUCUGCAUGCUGGCUGCCAUCGACCUGGCCUUGUCCACCUCCACAGUGCCACGUGUCCUCUCCUUCUACUGGUUCAACACCAGGGAGAUCAGCUUUGGAGCCUGCCUUGUCCAGAUGUUCUUCAUACACACGCUCUCGGCCAUUGAGUCCACCGUCCUCCUGGCCAUGGCAGUGGACCGCUAUGUGGCCAUCUGCCACCCACUGAGACAUGCUGCCAUCCUCACCAAUGCCACGACGGCAAAAAUAGGGCUGGCAGCCAUGGUCAGAGGAGUUCUCUUCUUCCUGCCCUUGCCUUUACUCCUCCUGCCCCUUCCCUUCUGCAGCUCACGGGUGCUGUCACACUCCUUCUGCCUGCAUCAGGACGUGAUGAACCUGGCCUGCGCCAACACCACCCCCAGUGUGGUGUAUGGCCUCACCGCCAUCCUGCUGGUCAUGGGGCUGGACGCCCUCCUCAUCUGCGUCUCCUACCUCCUGAUCCUCAAGGCUGUCUUGCGGCUGGCAUCGUGGAAGGAGAGGCUCAAGGUGUUCAGCACCUGCAUUGCCCAUAUCUGCGUGGUCUUGGCCUUCUACGUGCCACUGAUUGGGCUGUCUGUGGUGCACCGGUUUGGGAAGGAUCUGGCCCCGCUGGUCCAUAUCAUCAUGGGGAACAUCUACAUCCUUGUGCCAGCUGUGCUCAACCCCAUCAUCUACGGGGUGAGGACUAAACAGAUACAGAGGAGGAUCCUAAAUUUCAUUCACAUACGCAACAAUAGAACUGCCCAGUGACCUGUGCUUGGAUGUUGUGUCCUAUUUCCACUCAUUGUCUCAACUUGUUUUACACUCAGAGUCCUUGGAGCUGGGGCUGUCCUCUGUGCAGCACUCAGCACAUUGUAAGAGACUCUAAGGUGCUAUCACAGGGUAAAAAGAAAAUAACAGCUGUAAACUCCUUCCAAGAAUGCUUACUCCACCAAACCUGGAGUGAAUGUACUAUGAUGAUCCAAAUCCAACCCUGAUCCAGCAGAUAUGGGAAGGAAAAAUGUCUCAGCAAACUAACAACGUCUUGACACUGCACUUCUUUGUUCCCAUCUCCUCUCCAACAUUUGCACACCUGAGUGAAUGCCACAGUGGUUUCUGAAUGAUUUACAUAAUUCAUCAUUUUUGCUUGUGAUGUGCUCACUGUCCAAAAACAUUUUAGCAGAGAUCUUGGCUAAAAUUUAUUUUUAAGUAAUGUAAUUUUUACAGGUGGCCUUACAGGUGCAGAAAUGCACUUUAAAAGUGCUCCACCUCUAUAGUCUUGUUCUGAUCUACUGGGUGUCCAGUUAACACAGCUCUGACCCCUCACAGCUCUUGACAGGCUGUUGACAGGGGUUGUGAAAAUAAUUUUCAUUUAUAAUUAUAUUUUAAAAAACCAGCCUGUCAAGAGAAAAAUGAGGAAGUUGUAAAUGUGAGGGAUACUCCCCAGCUGAACAAAUCACUAUUUCCAAAUGGAAGGUGUUUUAUACUUUGACUUCACACGUGUAUGAAUUUCCAAAGGAGCUCAAGAUCUCCACCUUUCAGAUUUUUCUUGUAAUUCCAAGGUAUUCUGCAUUAAAUCAGAAUACCUCAUAGCCUCUCCUCUCUGUAGUCUCACAACUCUUCUAUCAGUGGGAAGCUAUAAAAAUCUUUAAAUGUGAUGGAAGUCUUCAAGUCUAGGGGCCAAUGAAGAUGUGAAAGAUGAUGCAGAUGAUUUCGUGGUUUGAAGUGCAUUUGUUUUGACUGACCUUCACCAAUCCACAGGCACAUACUUAGAAAUGUAGCUUAUCAACAAUGUUUUUCUGGAGAACAGAAAAGAAAAAAAGAACAAUGUACAAGACAUUUUUCAUUGACAUUAUCUCAUAAUUUGGAAAAAGGUUAAAGAUCUUGGGAAGGGAUGUUGUGUAAUCGGACUCUGCAAUGAAGCACACUGACUUAAAGAUGCUCUCAUAUCUUUUCUUUCCCUAACCCAUUGAAAAUCUUUAUGUACUUUGUCUUUAUAAAAAUGAUUUCUUCUUCGUAAAUAGAGAAAGAUCCAAGCAAUCCCUUCUUUUCCCUCCUGGCUUAAACUCUUGCCUUGUUGCUUGUUGGCUAUUUUAAACUGUGCUCUUCAUCCCCGAGGUAGCUGUGGAGUCGUCCUCCUUGGAGAUCUUCAGAAACCAUCUGGGCUGCAUUGCCAUGGGCAGGAAUGUGUUUGCUGUUCCCACAGAUCGACUCCGGAGCAGCUCCUGGAAUUCCUCUGGUGAGAGGGCUGGGUGAUCUUUAGCUGGCUGUCUCUACACAGGUGAGUAACAGUGAGGAAGUCAUUUGGGUGCGAACCCCUUCAUGUUAGGACAUCCCACAGAUGACCAGAGGUACCAAGGACUUUCAUGAUCUCUGCUUCAUUAGGAGGUCCAGGAGCUCUUGAACACUGCUAUCUCCAUCAGCAGAAUAUUAUCAAAGAAUCUAUGGUGCAAUUCGGUUGGAAGGGAGCUCCACACGUCUCCAGUCCAAACUCCUGAUCAGUGCAGGGGCGGCUUCAGGGUCAGACAAGGAAGCAGAGCUGUUCGUCCAGUCUGGUGCUGAAAGCCUCCAAGGACAGAUGUAGGUCAACAUCUUUGGCCUCUAGUGCAAAGACUGACAGCCCUAACUGUGAAUUUUUUUUCUCUUUUUAUCUGACUUGAACCUCUCAUUUCAGCUCACGCUUGUGUCUCUCAUCCUCCCACUACACCACCCUGUGAAAGCCUGGCUUCAUCUUCCCAGUUAUGUCCUCACGGGUAGAGAAAGGCUGCUCAUCUUGGGAAGAGCCAAAGCUGUUCUCCUGAAGCUUAACAAGCCUAUUUUCCUCCUCAAGUAUCACUGAUCCCACCUCAGUCACCCUGCUAGCUAUCAGAUGAAUAUUCUCCCCAUUGUCAAUGCCUUUUUUGUGCUGAGGCCCCAAACUAGAUUGGUUAUCUAGAUGUGGUUUAGCAGGUGCUGGGUAAUCCCUCGAGGACAUGGCCUAUCACUGUCUGGAAAGGUCAGCCCAGAGCCCAAAACAAUGAACACUGGGAGGGACUAGUAGAGAAGGAGAAAAGAUCAAAACAAAAAUGCCGGGAGAUGUAAAUCUGCACUGGCUCACAACAUACACAUGGAAUCAUGCUUUGCAGUCAAAGAGUCAUAGGGUGAACUUCUUUUUAGUGCUAAAUGGAUCAGAAUCCUUGGGGAAAGCCCAUAUAAUUAUAUUUAGAUAUGAAAAAAAAACAACAGUAUUUUGGAAAACAGCAUAAGGAAAAUGUACUAUUUCCAUCAGAGAGAAUGGAAGCAAAGAAAAGCAAGCAAACACCCCAGAAGUGCAGAGGUUCAAGAGCUCUCCUCCCUCAGCGCUGCCAGGCGUGGGCACACAGAAGCAGCCGUGGUUCUUGUCCAGAGCAGCAGACCAGGGAGCUCUGUCAUUCUUGAAACUUUCAUCAUUGUGUUGUCUUUGAUGUGUGGUUUAUCACUGUGGCACCUUGUCCAUCCACCACCGCCACUGGCUCUGAUGAUGCAUGGGAUGUUUAUGGGAUUGCAUUUGCGGGGUAUUAAAUUCCAGAGAGAACUUUAUGCCUAUCUGUCCUCCUGUCCAGCAUAGAUCUUGUGUUGCACGAGGGGUGUCUUACAUCUUGCCCGUAACACCUCGUUGUGCUGAAAGAGAAUGCUCACCCAGAACACAUGCUGCUUUGCUCCAGGGCCUUCAGGUGACAGAUAAUACUCUGGAGUGUGGCUUGGUUUCUUCUGAUUGCUAGCUAACACUGGAGUAAAAGGAGUGUCCUUUUUGUAGUCUGUAUUUCUGUAGCUUUGGACUCCAUGAAGCACAUUUUGCUAUAAGCUUUUCUCCUAAAUUAAAGCACAUUUUAUUUCAAAAUAAAUAAUUUAAGCAAGUUACAAGUAGUUUCUACCUGGGACUUAAAAGCAAUUUCAUCCCUUGUCAUUUUUGUCAGAUUCUGUUUUAUUAGAGCUUGACGUGCAACAUAUUUUCAUAAAAAUGAAAACAAUCUAUACCUGCCUAAUGUGAUCUGAGAAGUGUGAAUGAAUUUUUCAGAUGGCUGUGACAUUGAGAAAUGGCUCCUGCUCGUUCUCCAUAUGUUCCUUAUUUUGUUUCCUUUUGUACUGAGAGGAAAAUUAAUAAAGGAAAAUGAAUGAA